CUCUAUCUUUCUCUCUUUCUCUCUCUUAAAUCGUUAGUUGAGAGGUUGAGUAGGGAGAAGUUCUAUACGUAAGUAAACUAGGAAUGGCCAACGACGUGGUUUUUGUGUUCGACUUCGACAAGACGAUCAUCGACUGCGACAGCGACAACUGGGUCGUCGAAGAGUUGGGUUUCAACGACUUGUUCACUCAACUCCUCCCUACUAUGCCCUGGAACUCUCUCAUGGAUAGAAUGAUGAUGGAGAUUCACUCUCAGGGAAAGACAAUUCAUGACAUUGCGGAAUGUUUGAAACGUGCUCCAAUUGAUCCCACCAUUAUAUCUGCUAUUAAAUCAGCCCAUGCUUUUGGGUGUGAUCUGAGGAUAUUAAGUGAUGCAAACGCCUUUUUCAUUGAGACAGUCUUGAAACACCAUGGGAUUUUGGACUGCUUCAAGGAAAUUAAAACAAAUCCAAGCCAUAUUGAUGGAGAAGGCAGGCUUCGAAUCUCGCCGUACCAUGAUUUCAACUCAUCCUCUCAUGGCUGCAAGAUUUGUCCACCAAACAUGUGCAAGGGUGCAAUAUUGGAAAGAAUGCGAGCUUCUCUUUCAGCAGAGGGGAAGAAAAGAUUUGUCCAUGCCGGGGAUGGAACUGCUGACUUUUGCGCUGGCUUAAAGCUUGAAGAAGGUGAAUAUCUGCUUCCCAGGAAGGAUUUUCCAGUCUGGGAUGUAAUCUGCAAAAACCCGAUGCUCAUCAAGGCAAAUAUUCGCGAAUGGAGCAACUGGGAAGAGUUUGAGGCUGUUUUGCUCGACACAAUUAACGGAUUCUUAUUCGCAGACGACUCUAGUACUGCAGCCAGAGCUGAUCAAGUGAUUCCUGUGGACUGCAAGUUUCAACAGAGUUCCAUCUCUGCUCGCCAAAGUGCUCUCAGAGUUCCUCAUUGAUUACACCGUGUCUUUUGGCAUUAGUUUAUGAUUUUGCUGUUAUUUUUCUUUUGGGAUUAUUACCCUCUAAGAAUCAUUAUUAGACUGAACGAAGUAAUUUGUUGGAUUUA